AUGAGCGCAGUUUCAAGAGCACAGCAUGUGCACCAUUUUGCCCGUAUGGCAAGAAUCAGACAAUUUUCACAAUCCACCAUACAAUUGGAAAAGAAAUUGAACAAAUACUCCAGUCUUAUUACUGAAGACAAAUCACAAGGUGCCUCGCAAGCAAUGCUUUAUGCUACCGGGUUCCAAGAAGAAGAUAUGAACAAGGCCCAAAUUGGUGUUGGGUCUGUGUGGUGGUCUGGUAACCCUUGUAAUAUGCAUUUAAUGGAAUUAAACAACCAAUGUUCUGCCGCAGUUAAUAAUGCAGGUUUAAAAGCCAUGCAAUUCAAUUCUAUUGGUGUUUCCGAUGGUAUUUCUAACGGGACUGAUGGUAUGCGUUAUUCCUUACAAUCAAGAGAAAUCAUUGCAGAUUCUUUUGAAACUAUCAUGAUGGCUCAAAUGUAUGAUGGUGGGAUUGCCAUUCCAUCUUGUGACAAGAAUAUGCCUGGUACUUUGAUUGCCAUGGGAAGACAUAACAGACCUUCACUUAUGGUCUAUGGUGGUACAACUAUGCCAGGUUCCCCUACUUGUGGAUCUUCAAAUGUUCCCAAGAACAUUGAUAUCAUCUCGGCAUUCCAAUCAUAUGGUCAAUUUUUAGCUAACGAAAUCACCGAAGAUGAAAGAGUUGAUAUCGUCAGACAUGCAUGUCCUGGUCCUGGUUCUUGUGGUGGUAUGUAUACUGCUAACACGAUGGCUUCAGCCUCUGAAGUUAUGGGUAUGACUUUACCAUACUCUUCUUCUGCUCCUGCUAUUUCUGCUGAAAAGAAGGCUGAAUGUGCUGCAUCUGGUGAAGCUAUCAAAAACUUAUUGGCUUUGGAUUUGAAACCACGAGACAUUAUGACCAAGAAGGCAUUUGAAAAUGCCAUUACUUAUAUUAUUGCUACUGGUGGUUCAACUAAUGCUGUUUUGCAUAUGAUUGCCAUUGCUCAUUCUGUUGGUGUUGAAUUAACUGUUGAUGAUUUCCAAAGAAUCUCUGAUAACACACCUUUAUUGGCUGAUUUCAGACCUUCUGGUAAAUAUGUUAUGGCUGACUUACAACAAUAUGGUGGUACUCCAGCUGUUAUGAAGUUAUUAUUGGCUGAAGGUUUACUUGAUGGUUCUCAAAUCACUGUCACUGGUAAGACCAUCAAAGAAAAUUUGGAAAAGCUUCCUGGUUUACCUCAAUCCCAAGACAUUGUUAUGCCUUUGUCUAACCCAUUGAAGCCAAAUGGUCAUUUGCAAAUCUUAAAGGGUACUUUGGCUCCUGGUGGGUCUGUUGGUAAGAUUACCGGUAAGGAAGGUACUUACUUUAAAGGUAAGGCAAGGGUGUUUGAUGAUGAACAUUUAUUCAUUAAAGCCUUAGAAAAUGGUGAAAUCAAAAAGGGUGAAAAAACCGUUUGUAUUAUCAGAUAUGAAGGUCCAAAGGGUGGUCCAGGUAUGCCUGAAAUGUUGAAGCCUUCUUCAGCAUUAAUGGGUUACGGUUUGGGUAAGGAUGUUGCCUUGUUGACUGAUGGUAGAUUUUCUGGUGGAUCUCAUGGGUUCUUGAUUGGUCACAUUGUACCCGAAGCUGCUGAAGGUGGACCAAUCGCUUUGGUUUAUGAUGGUGAUGAAGUUGUCAUUGAUGCUGAUAACAAUAAGAUUGACUUAAUGGUUAGUGAAGAUGUCUUAGCUGAAAGAAAGAAGAGUUGGACUGCUCCUGCUCCAAGAUAUACCAGAGGUACUUUAUCCAAGUAUGCUAAGUUGGUAUCUGAUGCUUCCAAGGGUUGUGUUACUGAUCUUUAA